UGAAAUCAGCAGCCAUGUUUCAGACAGUAGGAGGAGAUUACAGAGAGUUAGAGGAAGAGAAAGUUGUUUAUCCAUGCAGAAACACUGACAGGAGAGGAGAUGAGUGAGGACGUGUUUGAAGUGCCGGCGAGGAACGAGUACCGUUACCUGGUGCAGGACGAGGGGGAGGAGGAGGUGCAGUAUGUGCGGCGUCACUACGUCAGCCCGUUCCUGGUGCUCUCCAGGAGGUGCAUGUUUUUAAUAGCUUGCGGGGUCCUCGCUUUACUCGCCCUUGCUGCAUAUUUGGCUUAUGUGGCCCAGACUCCGCCCCCUGGCUUUGCGGAGGUGGUUACGGACUGCGGUUGGCUGCGGGGACGCCACCAGGGCGGGGCUUAUUCCUUCAGUGGCAUCCCGUACGCUGUGCCUCCUGUUGGUGAACUCCGCUGGAAGCCGCCGGAGGAUCUGAAGCAUGCUGGGAAGUGCUGGCACGGCGUUUACGACGCUACAUACGUACGUAACGUCUGCGCGCAGAUACAGCCCCUGGAGCGAAAUGGUUCCGUGACCGGAAAAGAGGACUGUCUUCAUCUGAGUGUGUUCACCCCCAGUUUACGACCCGCCGAACGCCUGCCGGUCAUGGUGUGGUUCCACGGUGGGUAUCUGCACAUGCUCAGUGGGCAGGAGAAAGGAUACUCGCCCACAGAAGAGCUGGCGGCACAAACCAACACCGUGUUCGUCAGCCUGAACUACCGGCUCAACGCCUUCGGCUUCAUGGCUCUGGAGGUUCUGAGGGAGGGGUCGCCCACCAACACCUCAGGUAACUACGGCUUCAUGGAUCAGAUCCUGGCUCUGCAGUGGGUUCAGAGGAACAUCCAUGUGUUCGGUGGAGAUCCAGGAAAAGUUACUAUAUUUGGCCAGAGUUCAGGAGGAACAUCAGUAUGGACGCUGAUGAUGUCACCGCUAGCGAAGAACCUGUUCCAUCGAGCGAUCGAUAUGAGCGGGUCGUACGUGUAUAACGCUUCUCUGGAGUCAGCUGAGAAAGAUAAUCUUGUUUUCCUGAGAAAAACCGGCUGCAGAGACGCCGCCUGCCUCCGAAAACUCAGCGCAACCCAGGUCCUGCAGGCCAUCCCGUGGGAGGAGUAUCCGUACUGGGCGGCGGAGGAUCUCACUGAUAUCCCGGUUAAAGGGCGUUUCUGUGGUCCGGUAGCCGUAGUGGACGGUCACGUUCUUCCUCUUCCUCCGUUUGAAGCCUGGAAGAAACCCGGGCAGUUUAAUGAUGUGCCGUUUGUGGUGGGAACCACGCAGCAGGAGGCCGACUACAGCCCCAUAAUGAAGAACAUUUCUCAGUGGACCUGGGCAGACUAUGAGUGGUUUGUGAGAGAGAAGCUGAGCCCGUUUGGAAAUGUGUCGGUGUCUGAAGCUCUGAGGCUCUAUAACAGCUCGGCUCCCUGCCCAAUCAACGACCGCUGUCCAGAAAGACUCUACACCACCCUGGUGUCGGAUAUGAGGGUCACCUGCCCCAAUAACGACCUGGCCAAACGAGCUAAAGAUGCUCUGAGCAGCCCUGUGUAUCGCUAUAUAGUGACCUACACUCCGUCCAAAGCCGCAGACUUCGCCCCCUGGAUGCCGUUCCCAAGCCGCUUCUCCUUCCGUCUGCUGGACAGCCUGGCGUUCUUCAGCAGCCUCGAGAUGGUGCUGGGGACCAUGAGCCCUGAAGACAAGGCUUUCCAGGAUCUGCUCACCAAAUACUUCAUCUACUUCGCAAAAGAAGGUAAGAUGCCGGCUGAUUGGCCGGAGUUUGUCUCGGGGACGGCCCUGCUGGAUAAAUCUCUCCGAGCGGAGCGGGACCCGUUCUCAGAGAGGUGCAGACUCUGGGAGGAACAGGACUUUUAUAAAUACGCUUGGAUUAAUUAAUAACACGUACACAUAUAAAUAUAAAUAUAUACAGAUACACACACUUCACUAAAGCAGCAUUAAAUACCGCAGAUUAUUCCGUCUGUACUUUAAAUUGAUCUCAAUUCUCGCUGUAUUAAACAGCUGCGUCUGCAGGGAAGGAGCGUAUUGCACUGAGACUGGAGGACGUAGAAUAGAUGGAAUUUAAAAGAGAUAUCAGUGAUGGUAAAUUUAAUAAGGAACAAAUGUAAGGAUGCACUGGGGCUGGGCAAUAUAUACAUUGUAUAUAACGUAAAUAUAUAUAAAAAAAUGAAAAUAUCAAUGAAAAAUGAUCUAUUUUAAGAGUUUAUUUAUUUUAUUGUUGAUGAUUACGGCUUACAGCCAAUCAAAACCUAAAAAAUCAGUGUCUCGGAAAAUUAGAAUAUUAUACAAGGCCAAUCUGUACUUUGUGGGCAGUGUGCCAAGUCCUGCUGGAAAAUGAAACCUGCAUCUCCAUAAAAGUUGUCAGCAGAGGGAAGCAUGAAGUGCUGUAAGAAUUUUUAGAAAAACACUGCACUGACUUUAGACUUUUAUGGAGAUGUGAAUUUCAUUUUUCAGCAGGACUUGGCACACUGCCAAAACUACAAAUUGGUCUUAUAUAAUAUACGAGUUUCACAUUUUCAUCUGAAUUACUGAAAUAAGAGUUUAAUUGGCUAUAACAGCACAAUGCUUGUUUUAAAAAUACUUUUUUAUAUCAUGCUUUAUCAUACAAAAAAUUUUCACCAAAAAAAUUACAGACUGUCGCUUUAAUUAAAAUGAAAAGAAAAAAAAGAGCCUUUUAAAGCUUCUAUUUUAAAUCACUAUAUUUUUUAAAAAGCCACUCUGUGUUGUGAAUAUAUAUGUAUAUUUUUGAUGAAUGAAACAAUAUAGAAAUGGUCCAAAACCACUUUUAUAGCACAUAUAUACCAUACAUUAAUACAUAAUUUACCUCUUUUUAUUUUAUGCCACUAUAACUGACUUUCACCAAACUGAUUAUUAUUAAUAUUAUUAUUGAUCAUUUGCUGAUUGAUAAGUUUAAGCUUAAAUGGAAGAAGCUGAUCUUAAUCUCUCAGUAUAAUAAGCUUAUUGUAUUGUUUUAUUGUUCUUUUCUCUUGCUUUGAUGUGAUUUGUGAUGAAAGGGUUCUCAGGCGUCUGUAGUAACUCUGUAUCUAAUCACUGACUCUGAUUAUUCUGUAUUAUUCUCUUCAUAUUUAACUGAAGAAAGGAUGGGUGGAUGUGCUGAAACUGCGUAAAGGAAGAGGGGAUGAAAAGUCUUCAGAAUAAAUAAGAGAUUAAAGAGCAUCUCGUUUAUAGAUCUCCAUCAAAGUGCAGAUUCUUUUCUUCUGUGGUGCGGGGUGAAGGGGUCAAGGGGUCACGUGCCUUCAACAUCUUCUGUAGGGAAGAGAACCUCUGGUGAAAGUGUUUAGAGAUCGUCAGACACUAGGGGGCGCUCCAGAGGAAGUCCAAAAAUGAACUUUGCAAAUUUGCAACUACAGGCAAUAUACAUAUAAAGAUACUUAAACUUUUAUAUAUAGUAGGGGUGUGAAAAGACACUAAUCUCACGAGACGAGACACGAUAUUGGGUUCACGAGAAUGAGACGAGAUUUAAAAAUUACAUUUUAAGGAAAAAUGGCUUAAAAACUAGAGUUUUAUUUGACAAAAUAAUAUAACGCAAACUUAUCAAACUUAACAACUCUCUCACACAUUGAUUCUAUAAGAAAUAGAAAUAAGAAUAAAAAAUAAAAAUAAAACUUUUCUAGGUCUUAUAUAGUGCAAACAAUAAGUGCAAACCACAACCAGUCGUGCAGAGCUUUUUAACUGUCGCGCAGAGCUCACAUACUGUCGCGCAGAGCUUUUUAACUGUCGCGCAGAGCUCACAUACUGUCGCGCAGAGCUCACAUACUGUCGCACAGAGCUCACAUACUGUCGCGCAGAGCUCACAUACUGUCGCGCAGAGCUUUUUAACUGUCGCGCAGAGCUUUUUAACUGUCGCGCAGAGCUCACCUACUGUCGCGCAGAGCUUUUUAUCUGUCGCGCAGAGCUUAACUGUACCGCGGACCUCAUCUACUGUUUUUUUUUUUUGUUUUGUUUUGUUUUUUUCCCGCGCAAUACAGGUUUAAGCUUGACGAGAAAUAUCGUCAUGUUUUAAUCUCGCGAGAUCUCGUGCCACGAGAACUCGUCACACACCUAAUAUAUAGUAAAGGACAAAAUACAUAAAUCUAGUGCCGCUAAGAUAAGGUCAUAGGAGAUAUGAUUAUGGUAUGGUGUGACCAGUAUUAUUGCAGAAAGAGUAACAGUGAAUAAAUAUCAAAUAAAUAGUGAGAAAUAUAUUGCACGUUAAACAUAUUGCACAAAUGGUGAUAAGGAGAUCACAGUACACGCAGUGAACUGAAUAUUCGCAGCAUAAAGCAUUACAGCUAUACUGAACAAGUAUAUAUGUUUUGCAUUAAUAACUAAAACAGUAAACAAGAUAUUGAUAGGGAAAUUUUGAGAGUUUUAAACAAGUUUAAAGUCAUGGUUCAUACACUUUUUAACCAUACGAUUUUUAAAACAUCAGUGCAGACAUGGACCAUAAAACCAAACUAAAUAAAAUCAACUAAAACUAUAAUCAAAAUUGAUUAUACUAAAAUGAUAAGACUAAAAUGAACCUGACACACAAUCUUCAGUAAUAAAAUGAGAGCUCAAUUGUGUAGGGAUAAACCACUGGCUCCGAAUAGAUUUGUAGACCAAAUUUCUACAAUUUUUCCAAAAUUUCUAGUUUUUUUUUUUUUUUUCCAAAAUUCAUCCAGGCCUGGAAAUUGCUAUUUUCAAAUUCCAUGACUUUUCCAGGUUUUUCAUGACCGAACGAACCCUAAAAAGGAGAACUCCAGUAUUUAAUGGACUUUGGGUGUAUUUAUUAAAUCAUGAUAAUAAAAAAAAACUACAAAUCUUUGUUGAGUAGCUCUCCUCCGCUCUCCUGCAGCUUUCUGAGAUCCAGUAUUUUCUGCACUUUGCCCUAACAGGCUUUAAAAUAAGUGAGACAGUGCAGAUAAAUCACUUUUUACACCGUUAUUCAGCUCAAAGUAGCUCCACACAAAAUGCGUAUUUGUAACACAAAGCUACAAACCAAUCAGCAAUGAGUAAAGCGAGACUCCGCCCACGUAGCUAAUGAUGACAGGAUGUAGUAAAGUUGUUUAUUGCGCUCAGACUCUAAACUGCAGUGUGAAAUCAAAUUAAAACUAACCAGAUUAAAUACAGUACAGAAUACAAUGUGACAACAAACACAGCUGGCCAACCAAUCAGCUCACAGUAGCAGUAAUGCUAUAGCUGAAGAAAAACAGAAAUCUACAGCUACGAUUUCUUAAAAUUCAAGCAAAAAUACUUAAAAAUCUACUUUCUAAAAUUAAAAAUGUCUAUUUUGGACAAGUAGUAAAAACACAAUUUUAUUAACUUAAAGUUUUAGCUUUAGAAUUUAGCUCCAUUCACUCCCAUUCAUUGAGGACUCACUCGCAAGCGCCCUCUACUGCCCUGUAGUCAUUUUUUAUCUAUUUAUUUGAUAUAUACACACAACAGAGGAUAAAAAAAGGAUUUCCAAGCAAAACUCUGCAUAAACCAGUUUUUGAUAUUUACUCACCUUGUUUGUUUUGCACUUGAGUGGGAAGCGAUUUUAUAUUGGAAACAAAAAAUAAAUAAAUAAAUAAAUCACAUGAAUUUAUGCACAUGAACUUUAUAUCAUUGAGUGAAUAAAAAAAGUCGAGCACACUUUUGGAAGUUGGGGGAAAUUCAACCUUUAUUUACAUAAAACUCAAUUUUAAUCUCUUCAACAGCCUACAAUAAAUAACUGUUUAUCCACUGAA